AUGAGAGGCAAGAGUGGAAUGGAGCCCAGGACAGCUCAGCAGCCAACAAGAACCCUGUCUCCCUCCCCAGCCCCUACUGAGGCUCCACCCAUGGCCACUCCAGAGGCUCAGGCGACUGGAGAGGCUCCGGCCAAGGAGAACCAAGUGGCCUUGGGGUCCGAGUGGACCAGGGCCCCUGCCUCGCCGGUCCAGAGGUCCUGGCUGGCAAGGCACUUCUCGCUGCUGCUGCGGCGGGACCGGCAGGCCCAGAAGGCCGGGCAGCUCUUCUCGGGGCUCCUGGCGCUCAACGUGGUGCUCCUGGGCGGAGCCUUCAUCUGCAGCAUGGUCUUCAACAACGUGGCCGUCACGCUGGGGGACGUGUGGAUCCUGCUGGCCGCGCUGAAGGUCCUGUCCGCCCUCUGGCUCCUCUACUACACCGCGGGGACCACCCGGCGGCCGCACGCCGUGCUCCACCGGGACCCGCAUGCAGGCCCCGUGUGGGUGCGGGGCUCCCUGGUGCUCUUCGGCAGCUGCACCGUCUGCCUCAACGUCUUCCGCGUGGGCUACGACGUGAGCCACAUCCGCUGCAAGUCGCAGCUGGAGCUGGUCUUCCCCGCCAUCGAGGUCAUCUUCAUCAGCGUCCAGACCUGGGUGCUCUGGAAACACUGUAAGGACUGCGUUCAGAUCCAGACCAACUUCACUAGGUGUGGCCUGAUGCUGACGCUGGCCACGAAUCUGCUGCUGUGGCUUCUGGCUGUCUCCAACGACUCCAUGCACCAUGAGAUCGAGGCUGAGCUCAGUGCCCUCAUGAAAAAGCUCUCAGGCAACGGCACCAACACCUGUAUGUGCCUCAACGUCACCAUGUGCGAGGUCUUCCAGAAGGGCUACCUGAUGCUGUACCCCUUCAGCACCGAGUACUGCCUCAUCUGCUGCGCCGUGCUCUUCGUCAUGUGGAGGAACGUGGGCCGCCGCCUGGCACCUGCCGCAGGCGCCCCCCCCGGCGCCCCCUCCUUCCACCUGCAUGGGGCCAUCUUCGGGCCGCUGCUGGGCCUGCUGGUGCUGGUGGGAGGCGUGUGCGUCUUUGUGCUCUUCCAGAUCCAAGCAAGUGGCCCAGCCAUCGCACGUGAGUACUUCACUGUCUACUAUGCCUUCUACGUGGCCGCGCUGCCCGCUAUGAGCCUGGCGUGCCUGGCUGGCACGGCCAUCCACGGGCUGGAGGAGCGAGAGCUGGACACGCUCAAGAACCCCACCCGCAGCCUGGACGUGGUGCUACUGAUGGGUGCGGCGCUGGGCCAGAUGGGCAUCUCCUACUUCUCCAUCGUGGCCAUUGUGGCCACCCGUCCCCAUCAGCUGCUCAACUGCCUCAUCCUGGCCUACUCGCUGCUACUCAUCCUCCAGCAUAUGGCCCAGAACCUGUUCAUCAUCGAGGGUCUGCACCGCCGCCCGCUCUGGGAGGUGACUCCCGAGAGCCUGGCCGGGAAGUGGGAGGCCGAGCCGCCCCGCAGGGGCUCCCUGCUGGAGCUGGGCCAGGACCUGCGGCAGGCCUCGCUGGCCUACAUCCACUCCUACAGCCACCUCAACUGGAAGCGGCGAGCCCUCAAGGAGAUCUCACUCUUCCUCAUCCUCUGCAAUAUCACACUCUGGAUGAUGCCUGCUUUCGGCAUCCACCCGGAGUUUGAGAACGGGCUGGAAAAGGACUUCUAUGGCUACCGGACGUGGUUCACCAUCGUCAACUUUGGCCUGCCUCUGGGGGUCUUCUACCGCAUGCAUUCUGUGGGGGGGUUGGUGGAGGUCUACCUGGGGGCCUGA